AUGUCUGAUCACGAGAGCGGCACAACUGCCUCACCAGACUUAGAAAAUGGAAGCCCACUUGGCGUCUCUGAGGAGACAUCUGGCGUGGAGGCGGGGCGAGAUACCUAUUCAGAAAUUGAAAGGGAGGCGUCAAAAUCAACUGGAGAUGGCGAUGAUAACAGCGACGGUGGCGUCUCCACCCACGUCAGCCCAGAAAGUGAAAGAGCAGACCCAGAAAGUUCAAGCGACACCAACGAUUUUCACACCGAGGAGGACUUUGACAAUGUCGUCAACAGUGAGGAAAGCCUGUCCCAUCACCACUUAGAGGAAGAGGGGGAAACAGAGGAGGAAGAUGAAGAACGACAGCUCCAGGUAUGUUUACAGUACCGCGGGAACAACCGUGAGGACGAGGAUCGGGCCCUAGAGGAGUGGGUGACUUCAGAGACAUCUGCCCUCCCACGACCUCGCUGGCAAGUCCUUCCAGCACUCCGGGAGCGGCAGCUGGGUUCAAGUUCUCGUUUUAUAUAUGACGCCUGUGGGUCAAGAGCCUUUGUGCAGCGUCUCAGCUUACAGUAUGGUCUUGAUGGCCAUUUAGGUUGUGUGAAUACUGUGCAUUUUAAUCAGCGAGGCACCUGGUUGGCCACUGGUAGUGAUGACUUGAGGGUGAUAGUGUGGGACUGGAUAGGGAAGCGGCCAGUACUGGACUUUGAGAGUGGCCACAAAAAUAAUGUCUUCCAGGCCAAGUUCCUUCCUAAUUGUGGUGAUUCCAUCUUGGCCACCUGUUCCCGUGAUGGCCAGAUUCGAGUGGCAGAACUAUCUGCUCCAACAUGUGGGAAGAAUACUAAGUGUGUGGCCAAGCAUAAGGGAGCUUCUCACAAGUUGGCUCUGGAGCCAGACUCCCCUUUUAAGUUCCUAACUUCAGGUGAAGAUGCUGUUGUUUAUACCAUUGAUCUCAGACAAGGGCAACCAGCUUCAAAAGUGGUGGUAACAAAAGAGAAGGAGAAGAAAGUGGGACUAUAUACAAUCCAUGUGAAUCCCAGCAAUAUUUACCAGUUUGCAGUGGGUGGACGAGAUCAGUUUGUAAGGAUUUAUGACCAGAGAAAAAUUGAUGAGAAUGACAACAAUGGAGUACUCAAGAAAUUCUGCCCUCAUCACCUACUCAACUGUGAUACCAAAACAAGUAUCACCAGUCUGGUGUACAACCAUGAUGGCACAGAGCUCCUAGUGAGCUACAGUGAUGAAGAUAUUUACCUCUUCAACUCCUCUGACAGUGAUGGAGCUCAAUAUGUUAAGAGAUAUAAGGGCCACAGAAAUGAUGCCACAGUGAAAGGUGUGAAUUUCUAUGGUCCCAGAAGUGAGUUUGUGAUGACCGGCAGUGAUUGUGGGCACAUCUUUCUCUGGGAGAAAGCAUCUUGCCAGAUUAUUCAGUUCAUGGUGGGAGACAAGGGAGGUACAGUCAACUGUCUUGAAGCCCAUCCUCACCUACCUGUGAUGGCAACUAGUGGCCUGGACCACGAUGUGAAGAUCUGGGCACCCACAGCUAUAGCUUCCACUGAGCUUACUGGGUUAAAGAAUGUGCUUAGGCAGAACAAGCAGAAAAGAGAUAUAGAUAGCUUGUACCACCCUGACAUGUUUGACAGUCACAUGCUUUGGUUCCUGACGAGUCGCCUGACACAGAGAAAUCAUUACCAGCACUGGGGAGGUCCUGGCCUUCAGGGCAUGAGUGCAGACUUACUUGAGUCUUCCAGCACCUCAGAUACAUCUGAAGAAGAAGAAGAAGAAAGCCAAGACUAAGUGCAGUGUUUGCCAUCCUGA